CCACGUCAGGGGAGUUUCCCGAGGCGAGGCGAGGCGGGCUGGGUCCGGUCUUUCUCCUCCUCCAUCCCCUACCCUCGUCUCCGCUGCUGGAGACGCUGAGGAAGGAGCGAGCGGCGGUGCCCGCUGCCAUGGAGGCCCGGUACAACCUCAAGAGUCCGGCUGUCAAGCGUUUGAUGAAGGAGGCUGCAGAGCUGAAGGAUCCUACAGAUCAUUAUCAUGCACAGCCUUUGGAGGAUAAUCUUUUUGAAUGGCACUUUACUGUUAGAGGCCCUCCAGAUUCAGAUUUUGAUGGAGGGAUUUAUCACGGGCGAAUUGUACUACCACCUGAAUAUCCCAUGAAACCACCCAGCAUUAUUUUGCUGACGGCCAAUGGCAGGUUUGAAGUGGGGAAGAAAAUUUGUUUAAGCAUUUCAGGGCAUCAUCCUGAAACGUGGCAACCAUCAUGGAGUAUAAGAACAGCUUUACUAGCCAUUAUUGGAUUUAUGCCAACCAAAGGUGAAGGAGCAAUAGGAUCUCUGGAUUAUACUCCAGAAGAAAGAAGAGCUCUUGCAAAGAAGUCACAAGACUUCUGUUGUGAAAUGUGUGGCACAUCUAUGAAGACAGCCCUUUUACCACUAACAUCUGGAAGAGUGUCAAGCCAGGCGGACAAGGAGGCUAAAGAACUUGCCAGACAAAUUAGCUUCAAGGCAGAAGUCAAUUCAUCCAGGAAGUCUGAUGCUGGACCCUCAAACACAUCAGGAUUGAACUACUCUGCCGCUGAUGAGCCCCAGCAGGGUGGUGCAGCUAGAGCACUCCAGGACCCAACAAAUGCAACGUCUGAAACCCAGAACAGCAGUGCAGCAGCCAGUCAAGAGUGUACUCCUUCAGUGUCCACUAAUACGUCUAUGAGUCCUCGGCAGCGCCGUGCCCAGCAGCAGAGUCAGAGACGGCCUCCGUCUUCAACUGACUUUAAUCGGGUACAGCAACCAAGAGUCAACAUGAACCACACUGGAUCAACUGUUCUGAUUGUCCUUCUGACUCUUGCAUUGGCAGCUCUCAUAUUUCGUAGAAUAUGUUUGGCUAAUGAGUAUAUAUUUGAGUUAUAAUUAAUUUGGUUUGUCCUAACAGCAGUGACCUGAAUGCGUCAUUGAACAUUCUGUAUUGGGUAUUUGGUAUGAUAUGAGAACUGUUUACAAAGAUUACUUUUUGUAUUUAUGCUUAAAUCGUUACAAAUGUUAAUGUACGUGCAGAUACGUUACUUGUAAGAAAAGCAAAGUUGUACUUCUAACUACAACAAGUGUUAAUUGAGUGCCCACUAGAUA